AUGUCCAAGACCCACAAACAAAGCAGAGCUUCUGCUGUCCACCAGCAAGCCGCCCCGAUGCCAAAUACUCAACCCACAGAUGCGUAUAUUCCUCCUUUCCUGGCGGCCCAAGUUCCCGAACUAAAGUCUUACAAGCAACUCUUAGAAGCGGAGAAAAAGAUUGAUAUCUAUAUCAGUCGCAAGAAAAUCGAUCUGUUCCAGUCUGUGUCGCAGUGGAACAAUCUGAAGCAGGAAAACCAGGAAAAACAAUACCUACGUAUUUUCGUUUCAAACAUCGCCGAAAACCAGGCAUGGCAAAAUCAAGAGCCUGGGGUGCAGCCCUCAUGGACUCUUCGAGUCGAAGGAAGAAUUUUGGACUCUCAAGAUGUCGGUGCUCCAGAUAGACCAAAGUUCAGCACUUUUCUGCAAGGUAUAGCGGUGGACUUCAAAAAAGCUGAGAAAGACAAUACAGCGAAUAAUGAUCAGAAUACAGCAGAAGGAACAACAGAUUUAGCACAACCAAAUCAAACCGAUACCGUACCGUCCAUCGUCGAGUGGCACUUCGAUCCUGCCAACCCCGCUGAUUUCGACGGUUUGGACGUUAAGCGUGACGGCUCCGAAAACGUCGAGUGCGUCAUCGUCAUUCAGCCACGAGGAACCACUGGCGAAUGGAUUCAGUUCUCGCCUCAACUGUCUUCUAUUAUAGGUACCUCCCGUGGCACUCUCCAUGAGGCAGUUUACUCCUUAUACAAAUACAUUCUCCUCAACGAUCUGCUCAGUGACGAGGAGCCGGUCGCCGCCGCGUCCUCACAGCCACCCCAGGGCUCAAAAAGCAAUUCUAACGGCGAAAAAACUGUAGUCAAGAUCGAUAAAUACUUGGCAGCGCUCUUUCUUGAGGAACGCAAGACUAUGAAGCUGGGAGAGAUCCCAAUUCUCGUCAACCGGCACGUAUCGCCAUUGCCACCUAUUCGUAUCAACUACACAAUUCGCGUCGACAAGGCCUCCACCUACGGUGAGACCGUGCUAGAUGUCGAAGUUCCUGCAAAGGUCACGGACGAGGUGGCUCGCGAGGGCAUGUCGCUGCUAUCGGAACUGAACCAGUUGAGCACUGCUUUGGAGCCCCAAAUACAACGUUUAAACCAGGAGCUCAACCUCUUGCAGUUACAACUUAACUCGAGUGCCAAUAAGUGUCAGUUUUUCGAAAAGCUUGCUAAAAACCCGGUACCCAUGCUGGAAGAAUACAUCGAAUCUUCUUCAAGGGCAUUGAAGGUCCUGAGCGGCGACGACGGUUUUAACGAAGACACCGUAAGGCGGGCCAACUUCUACAAGGAGAACGAGGGAAUGCUCUUCGAAAACCUCGGCGUGCUUUUGUCCAAUGGACGUAUUUGA